GCCGGGGUCCGCGAUGACGAUCCGACACCAAGGCCAACAGUACAGGCCGAGGAUGGCAUUUCUCCAGAAGAUUGAAGCGCUAGUGAAGGACAUGCAGAACCCCGACACGGGGGUCAAGAUGCAAAACCAGAAGGUCCUGGUCACCAGCGUCCCUCACGCCAUGACAGGAAGUGACGUUCUCCAGUGGAUCGCCCAGCGACUUUGGAUCUCCAACCUGGAGGCACAGAACUUGGGCAACUUUAUUGUCAAAUAUGGCUACAUUUACCCCCUGCAAGAUCCCAGGAAUCUCGUUCUCAAGCCUGACAACAGCCUCUACCGAUUUCAGACGCCAUAUUUCUGGCCCACCCAGCAGUGGCCGGCUGAAGAUACAGACUAUGCCAUCUAUCUAGCCAAGCGAAAUAUAAAGAAGAAAGGAAUUUUAGAAGAAUAUGAAAAGGAAAAUUACAACUUCUUGAACAAAAAAAUUAACUACAAGUGGGACUUUGUCAUCAUGCAGGCCAAAGAGCAAUACAAGACCGGGAAGGAAAGAAAUAAAGCAGACAGGUAUGCGUUGGAUUGUCAGGAGAAGGCAUACUGGCUGGUUCACCGGUGCCCUCCGGGAAUGAACAACGUGCUGGACUAUGGCCUGGACCGAGUGACCAAUCCGAAUGAAGUUCAGGUAAACCAGAAACAAACAAUCACUGCUGUCAGAAAAGAGAUCAUGUAUUAUCAACAGGCCUUAAUGAGGUCCACGGUGAAGUCUUCAGUGUCCCUUGGAGGGAUCGUCAAAUACAGUGAGCAGUUUCUGUCCAAUGAUGCCAUCAUGUCAGGCUGCCUCCCUAGCAAUCCUUGGAUAACAGAUGACACCCAGUUCUGGGACUUAAAUGCCAAAUUGGUGGAAAUCCCAACCAAGAUGCGGGUGGAACGAUGGGCGUUCAACUUCAGUGAACUGAUCCGAGACCCCAAGGGCCGGCAGAGCUUCCAGUACUUUCUCAAGAAGGAAUUCAGCGGGGAGAAUCUGGGAUUCUGGGAAGCCUGUGAAGAUCUGAAGUACGGAGAUCAGUCCAAGGUCAAGGAGAAAGCGGAGGAGAUUUACAAGCUGUUCUUGGCCCCAGGAGCCAGGCGGUGGAUAAACAUAGACGGCAAGACCAUGGACAUCACCGUCAAGGGGCUGAGGCACCCUCACCGCUACGUGCUGGAUGCCGCACAAACCCACAUCUACAUGCUCAUGAAGAAGGAUUCUUACGCCCGCUACUUAAAAUCUCCAAUCUAUAAGGAAAUGCUGGCCAAGGCUAUUGAGCCCCAGGAAACCACGAAGAGAAGCUCCGGCCUCCCGUUUAUGCGGCGCCACCUGCGCUCCAGCCCGAGCCCCGUCAUCCUGAGGCAGCUGGAAGAAGAAGCCAAGGCUCGAGAAGCAGCCAACACGGUGGACAUCACCCAGCCAGGCCAGCACUCCGCUCCCAGCCCCCACCUGGCCGUGUACACCGGGACCUGCGUGCCCCCAUCCCCUUCGGGUCCCUUCUCCCCCUCCUGCCGCUCCCCCCGGAUGCCGUUCCCCUCGCCCAGUCGCUUCAUCCGGAGGCCCAGCAGCACCAUCUGCCCCUCGCCCAUCAGGGGGGCCUUGGAGAGCUCCGAGCAGAAGGGGGCGGCUGGCGCGUCCGGGGCCUGCCCGGGGCCCUCCGACACGGACGCCGGCGAGGCCUCUGCCCAGCACCCCUGGCCCCGGCCCAAGGCCCGCGUGGCUCUGUCCUUCAGCAGGUUUCUGAGACGGGGCUGUUUGGCUUCCCCGGUCUUCGCCAGGCUCUCGCCCAAGUGCCCGCCUGUGUCCCACGGGAAGGUGCAGCCCCUGGGGGACGUGGGCCAGCAGAUGUCCCGGCUGAAGUCCAGGAGAGUGGCCAACUUUUUCCAGAUCAAAAUGGAUGUGCCUACGCAGAGUGGGACCUGCCUGAUGGAUGCAGAGGACACCGGGACAGGAGAAUCGGGUGACCAGGCCAUAGAGAAGGAGGUCAUCUGUCCCUGGGAGAGCCAGGCCUAGGGGAAAGCUGGCUGAGCCGGGGGCGCUGGACCAACAAGAUGCUCCUUGCAGGACCCCCCCUCCCCAGAUGGGGCCACAGGCUCGCUUGUUCUUGAACCAAAGUGCAUUUUGAUCACAUUUGAGGCCUGAAGAGAUAAGACAGGAUGGAUUAUGGGAAGCAUGCCCUGGCUGGGGUCCUGAUGGCCAAUUCCUACCCUUCCUCCUGACCUUCCCUUCCUUGGGCAGAAGAAAGGCAUGUGGACCCGAAGACUUUACUUGCUGCCUUAAAACUGAUAAAAGAUUAACUUGUAAGAGUCUUUUGGACUGGAA